UUCCGUCAAGUUUUAUUUAUCAUUCAUUACAGUUUGUCGAUUUGCCGACAGACCGUCACCUCUCUACCUCUCAAGAUGAGGCCGUUCUACCCUAUCCUGCUCGUCGGCGUCCUCGGUCCCGUCUCCGCGAAACACCGCUCACGUAUCCGCCCGGUAGACGAAUCCAAGCUCCCCUUUCCCAAGGGACCUUUGGUAUGGGGCGAUGUCAACUUCGUACACACGACGGAUAUUCACGGUUGGGUGUUAGGCCACCAUCAUUCCACCUGGCCAGAACCUAAUUACUCGGCCAACACUGGCGACCUCUACUCCUUCCUCACUCACCUCCGCUCUCAAGCGGAUAAAGCCGGUGUGGACCUCUUGCUUGUGGAUUCGGGAGAUCAUCAUGAUGGAGCGGGGAUCGUCUCUGUCUAUCCCAACACACAGGAGCACAGCCAACACUAUCGAUCAGGCGGAUCCGUCGUCGACUACCACUUAUCCAAGCUCGGGUAUGACGUCCUCGCGAUAGGCAAUCACGAGUUAUACAAGUACCCGGACGCGCUGCAGGUCGCUGACGAUGUAAGGGAUGGGAUCUGGGACAAGGUGGACCGGAAGAACGGAGGGGAGACGAGCACGAGGUUCUUGACGAGCAACGUCGAGAUCACGCUGGACGGACGGAACAGGUCGGAGUCGAUCGGAGCGAGAUAUAGCAAGUUCAAGACGAGGAUGGGAAAAGAUGUCACGGCUUUCGGGGUGCUUUACAACUUUUCCUUCAAUGCCAAGAAUACUGCGAUUCAGCCACUCAGGGAGAUGGUCCGCGAAUCCUGGUUCUUGGAAGCGAUCCAAGAUCGACCCGAUUUCUUUAUCGUCGCAGGUCACAUGUCGAUCAACAGGGCCGAUAGCGAAUGGCAACUCCUCCUAGAUGCGAUCAGGGAGGUUCACGAAGACGUCCCGGUGUUCAUCUUCGGGGGACACAAUCAUGUCAGAAACUGCGAACGGUUGGAUGGAAACUCGAUCUCGUUCGCUGGAGGAAGGUAUAUGGAGACGGUCGGAUGGGUCUCAGCGAACCUGACGAAGAACGAAUCGAACGAGAUGGACGUCUCUAGGCGGUACCUCGACAGCAACCGGAGAUCCUUCAAAUAUCACGCUCGAGUGCCAGAUCACAAGUUUGACACGCACGAGGGCAAAGCCAUCUCCGAAUCGCUCUUCAAGACGUUUGAUCGAUGGAACCUGUCCAGCGUACUCGGACAUGCGCCGCAGAGCUACUUUCUCUCCCGAUAUCCCGUCACGGACGACAGAUCGCUCUUGAAAAAGUUGAUGGACGAUGUCUUGCCCGCGACAGUAUACGACGACAAGGUGCUUCAGCACGGGCGGAAGAGGAUUUAUCUGGCCAAUUCGGGUUGUCAGCGAUUCGAUAUAUUCAAGGGAGAGUUCACGAUCGACGACCAAUACUCUAUUUCCCCUUUUUCGAGCCCGUUCGUCCAGAUCACUUUGCCCGCGCGCAUCGUGCGCGUCUUGAGACAAAAGAUGAACGACGAAGGGGCUAGCCAGUUCGCUCCCAGUCCUGCUCUUGAACAGGGCAUGAGCGAAGAGGUCGUCCGCAAGGCUUUCGAUGCGAGCAUGGUCAAGCAGCGACAGGACUAUGAAGAUCGAAGACAGAGGGAGCUCGAGUUCCUCAGGUUAGCCUAUGGACAGACGGUGUUUGAUGCGGAGGUCGAACGGGAGAGCGAUCUCGUACAUAGGUAUGGUUACGUGACGGAGGAUAAUUGUGGUCCAGUUGGAAGCGGAGAUGACGUCGAGCAUGUGCCAGUACCUUAUGCUCCAGUCCCGGACUACGUCAGUACAACUUUCCCUGAGGGAGUCGAUGACGAGGAGCCCGUCUUUGUGAUCGCUAUGACGUUCUUCUUGAACGAUGUCGUCAAGGCCGUCAGCAAGAUCGAUCCGGCAUACCCUCCCAUCACCUAUUCCGACUUUGAACCGUGUGGAGACUCGAGCAUGACCUCGAAUCAGGUCUGGGGACAUUACGCUCGAAAGCAUUGGAACUGAGAGAAGCCUAGUAUCAUGGAUUUCGUAUUAUAGAU